AUGUCUGUGCUGCAGCCGAGUAUUAAGCAAGAACACAUGCAAGUUCCAAUCUCAAAACCGGAACCAAUCACUAUCGAUAACCAGAAUUUCCGUUUCCCAUUCACUGUCAAUGUAAAAUACGGAAGAGAAACAGCGGGGUGGAAGUAUCGAGUCUCGACAUACACAGCCACAAAUCACUGCUUUGAUCCUACAAUCAACUCUCUUUUCGAGAGUAUAUCAUCCUUGCUGACUGUGAGCUCCUCUGCAAUUAUGAGUUCUCAGGUAACAAGCCGCCCUUUAGCUACCCUGGAAUCGUUUAAAAGAAAUAACGAUGUGCCACGCGCUACUCCAGUUCCGGCUCCUGACCGUGACGGCUGCAGGCAUCGACAUGUAGUCCGGCCGAUUCCAACACAUCCUUUACAAGGUGUUCACCCGAUUCCUUCUGUAUUUGGCUAUAUCGUACCAGUUGAAUCAGUUGCGCUGCAAAGGAAUUCAGAGUUACAUCAAGUUUCUCAUGGUUUCUCAUCGGACAAGGUUUCCGCGUUGAUGACGGGUGCAGUUUUUAGGAGUAACGGACGGACGGUUGAGAUUCCUGUUCAACGAGACGUUGAGGAUGCUAGAUUCCCCGGGAAUGACGCGGUUUUAAGAGAUUCGUUAUUUGUGGAGAGAAUUAGAGAUUCAGCGAAUCCUAUGGUCGCGGAGCCCACGGCCACGAAAGACGUCCGUUCCAAAGUCUUCACAAAAACUCGAGUACCGUCGAACGCAAAUGACCCUUACUUUUUGACAUCCAUAAACUUGAACCGAACCUCCAACAUGAUGCUUCGCGACCGCCACCAAGCUCGAGCCGAAGAGAUUCUUAAAGAGCAAUCCAUGGGGCGCUCCAGGACCCGCUCAAUUGCUAUCAAGCGUACUCCACAGCAAGCGCGGAAGCGUGAAGAGCCCGACGAUAUUUCCGAAGGCUCCAAUAUGUACGACUGGGCCACUUGGCGAAUGUAUAACCGCAUAGUGGACCAUCGUCGAAAGAAUUCCGUACGAUCAUAUAACUACUACGACGACAGCACUGAAGCAUCAACGGAGACGCAACAAUCGUAUCCUCAUUUCCGAGCAAUGAGUACAAUGGUUAAUGCCGCCGAUUACGAACAUUCUUUUCCUUUGGAUCAACCUGAGUACCUACUGGAGGGCGAAGUCUUCGACCUGGACCUCUGA